UGAACUUUGAAGUAUGACAAGAGCUUUUUCACCCUACUUUGAUCCCGAAUUUGAUUCCCUUUCCGAAAGGAUAAAUGGCCCACCUUGCAGAGUAACCUUUGACAAUGAAAGCUUAGAGGAUUGUACCAUUGUGAAGAUAGAUUGUGUAAAGAAGCAAGGUCAACUCCUGGAAGUCGUGCAGGUUUUAACAGAAGUUAACCUAACAAUCUCAAAAGGUUAUAUAUCUUCUGAUGCUGGGUGGUUCAUGGAUGUAUUUCAUGUUAAAGAUGAGAAUGGCAAAAAAGUUUCUGAUCAAAGAGUCAUCAACUACAUCCAGCAGGCUAUAGGGUCGAAUCGUGGAGUUGCAUCAAAGAUCACAACUCAAACAAGUAAACUGUUUGAUACAGAUCUUCAUGGAGAGCUGACAGCUAUAGAAAUGACCGCCACGGACCGACCGGGCCUAUUUUCGGAGAUAUCAGCAGCCUUAGCCGAUCUCCAUUGUAACAUUGUUGAAGCGCAUGCGUGGAGCCAUAAUUCCCGUUUGGCUUGUGUAGCAUACAUCUCAGAUCAAUCCUCAGACGCUCGCAUCGAUGACCACCGCCUUGCCGCCAUCAAACACCACCUGAAUACCAUCCUUCGUGCCUCUAUUACACCGGAAAACACUAGUCCAGCUUCCCCACAAUACAAAGAUGUCAAAUCCACUGGUCUUAUAGGUGCUGGUGGCAGUGAAGGCACCAUGACCACCGUAGAGCGACGGUUACAUCAACUCCUACUAUCAGUUCAGGACUUUGAUGUGCCGCCAGUCUACCCUCCUGGAAUCUCAUUGGGAAUGGAGUCUGAUGGCGAUCAAGAGGGCGAAAAGGCUAGUGUAUUGAUAGAGAAUUGUGCCGAAAAGGGAUAUUCCAUCGUUACGGUGCAAUGCAAGGAUAGAAGAAGGCUUAUGUUUGAUACAGUUUGCACACUCGCGGAUAUGCAAUAUGUAAUCUCUCAUGCUUCUGUUGAUUCUCAUGGAGGCUAUGCCUUUCAGGAGUAUUUUGUAAGAAAGAUCGACGGAGGUGCAUUGAGCACUGAGAGCGAGAAGCAGCAUGCUAUGAAAUGCCUAGAGGCUGCAGUGGAGCGUCGUGUAUGUGAGGGAAUCCGGCUAGAAUUAUGUGCGAAUAACAGGGUAGGGUUGCUAUCAGACAUAACUAGGGUUCUUCGGGAGAAUGGGCUAGUUGUAUUGAGAGCAGAUUUAGCAACAAAAAUGGACAAAUGUGUGGAUAUAACGUUCUACGUGAGGGACGUAUUCGGCAAUAACGUGGACAUGGAAUUGGUGAAAUCCAUGAAGAGAGAGAUGGGUUUAAUAGAUCUUGCAGUGAAGAAUGAGAAAGUUGUGAAACCAGAAUCACCACCUGCUGUGAGGCCCAGAUUCUCCAUUGGAGAUAUCUUCAAGUCUCAAAUGGGGAGGCUUUCACAUAGUCUUGUGACAUAUAUGUAAAUAAACCACCCCCUUCCCUUGGUUUCGCUAACUAGAUAGCCUUCUUUUCUCUUCUCUAUAGAUUUUGUACAUAAAUAAACAAGUUUUAUCAUAGGCUUUAU